AUGGCGACAGCCACAGCAGAAGCUACGAGUGCUGCUCUAAACCCAACGCCGAGCACAGGAAGCGCAGGAAAACCAACCCUUCACCAUCUCAAUAAUUCCCAAUCUCAGCGCAUCCUCUGGUUGCUCGAGGAGCUAGGAAUCGAAUACAAUGUCGUCAACCACAAGCGCAAACGAGGUCGCGCACCAGCAGAACUCUCAAAGGUCCACCAAUUAGGAAAAUCUCCUACCCUCGUAACUAGCACCGGCCGCGUCGUUGUCGAAUCCACCGCUGUAGCCUCCUACCUCAUCGAAACCUAUGAUACAACCGGCAAAUUCGCAACCCGCGACCCCCUCCGCGACGAGGAACUCACCUCCUUCGCCGGGUCCUCCCUCGGCAACGUCACUGCCAUCGAGCUGCUAGUUGACCUCCUCGCUACCGUACCGCCCUGGCCCAUCUCAUGGUUCCUGGGCACCGUACGUUCUCAAGUCCAGAAGACCUUCACAACGGCCGAGUUCGAGAAGGCGAUGCGGUUUUUGGAGAGCGAGUUAGGGGAUCAAGAGUGGUUUAAUGGGGAGAACCUAGGCCGGAGUGAUAUUAUCAUAAGUUGGCCGCUGGAUUGUAUUGCGGGGAGGAAGUGGGUUAAUUUUGACAAGGACUAUCCGAAGUUGGCGGCGUGGAGGAAGAGGGUAACGGAGAGGGACGCCUGGAAGAGGGGCUUGGAGAAGGGGAAUGGAUAUGAUUUAUCGGGGGUGGAUCAGGAUUAG